UCACAAAUUAUUUCUGUUUAAAACAAACAUUUUCAAAAUAAGCAUGGAGCUAGAGAUCAUGUUAUUGAGGGUAGACGAUUGAAUGAUUUCAAAUAGUUGAAAACAUUGAGGAAUUGAUAUCUAGCCCUAGCCUCAAAUCAGAGUCAAAGUACAGGAUCACACCAACAGAAAAGCUUUUUUUUAAACACAGAUAUUGUUUGCUGAACAAAGAUGGGAAAGGUGGCAGCUUGGGCAACAGUGUUUAUUAUGUUUGGAGCCUCCAUUGGAACGGCAAAGCAGAACAUUGUCUCCCUGGAUAUGGCUCCAAACUCAGUUGAUGACAUGUACACAGUUUGUAAAGACAAGAUGGAGAAAAAGGUAAAAGCAGAGUUCAUCCUGAAUGAGCGAAAUGGAGACAAAAAUUUCUCGCUGGCUUGGAAAGCUGCAGAAGUCAACUACAAUAAGAAAUGGAGUCACAGACGUGGAAAGAAACCAUCCAGGACACUGGGAAAAGAACAGAUUAUAGCUAUUUAUGUUUACACCCUGGACAAACCAAAAAUCUAUCUUGAAUUCAAUGAUGCAGUUCGAACACAAAGAUUUAAUUACAAGACAACUUUCAAGUAUCACACGUUGCACUUCUUCCUUACUACUGCGCUUCAAACUCUCAACGCUCGUAAUUCUCAGUCAGAAAGAUGCCUCACUGGUUUCCGCAGAGUCAGCAGCUACUUCAGUGAAGAUAUGCUCAAUAAGGAAAUUCGCUUUGGCUCUUUUAUUUCCAGCUCAAUGGGUGAGUAUCCUAGUCCUGACAAAUAUGGUGACCAAACUUGCUUUGAGAUUUAUACAUGCUUUGGAGCGGAUAUCUCCCUUUACUCUAAGGUUGGAGAGUCAGAAAGGGAACUCCUGAUUCCUCCUUAUGAGAUAUUUAAAGUCACAUCGAUGGAAAAAAGAUCUGCGCAGAAGCAACUUCCUUGUGAUGUUGUUUACAAACUGAAGAGCACUGAGAAAACACUUUCCAAUGUGGACUGUGGCCUUUUCUGACAUGAACAGCUUGACAUGUUUUACACAUCAAGUCUGGAAGAUUAGGAUGGAUUUGCAGAUAAAGUCGGGUAUGACUGCUGAUUGAUUAUUCCCUACACAAGGUUGGUAGCAAAUAUUAUUCAGCAGCUUUUGUUUAAAAAAAAUGGAUCCAUUAUUUCAGGAAAAUGCCCACUCUUUUAUUUUUUUUAAUCACAGCUUGUUCCUUAAAUCCUUCUGAUUGGAUAGAUUAUAAUUCACAUCUUGACAAAAUGAAAUGACAUGUCUGUGGAACGUUACCCGAACCAGCUGAUGCUUCAUGUGUAGAAUACCAAGACUUGUGAAAAUAAUGUCUAAAUAAAUGUAAAGAAUAG